GUCCUCUUCUCUCUUCCUCAUUGACUUGCAGGCAGAGAGAGCGACACCGAGGAGGAGGACGGGGAGCUCCGGGAAGUGUUCUCUGAGGAGGACACAGCCGGCGGCCGCUCAUGGCUCUGGUCACCGUCCAGCUGUCCUCAGUGGACGGGGGGGCGGAGCCCACUCCACUGCAGGAAGAUGCGAAGAACAGGAGAAAGCGCAUGCAGAGACGGCAAAGCUUUGUCAUGGUUAAAGGAGCUGCCCUGCUACUCCAAGAUGAGGAUGAACAUGAAGAGGUUAAAGAACCAGAACCCUCACCGACUGCAGGCCCUAGUGAGCAGCAGCUUCACUUACAGGCCAUGCUAAGACUUCUUCGAGAGGAGGACACUUUAAAAUUGGCUGUCCGCCUGGAGCCUGUCCGGUCCUGUAUAACCAGAUAUCUAUUGGUGGUUUCCUCUGUGGGAAGAACCAAUGAGGAACAGACCAUUCUGCUGGGUGUUGACUUUCCACAUGAUGGGUCCAAAGGCUGCACUAUAGGCAACGUUGUGCCAGUAUGGAGCAAUACACAGGUCUUCAUAGAUGGAGAUGGUGGAUUCAGCGUUACAUUCGGGUUGGAUGUCCGAUCAUUUAAGCCAAUAUCUGUUCAAACAAUGUGGUCCCUUCUUCAGACGCUCCACAAAGCCUGCGAAGCUGCAGAGUCCUAUAACUAUAUCCCAGGCAAUAGUAUCCAUUCUGGGCUGGCAUAUUACCAGGACCACCGUCAUUCACCCCAGGGUUGUAUUCACGCUUGGAUGGCCACAGCAGACUUGACGUCUAUCCGCAGAGAUGCUACAACGCAAGAGAGUGGGGAGACUGAGAAGAUCAUCCGGAAAAAGCUGCGAGACAUCUUGCGGGAAAGCGACCUUGAGAAUAUAACGUCUAAGCAGGUUCGGAAUGCUCUGGAGCAGCACACUAAUUGCAACCUGCAGGAGUACACAGAGUUCAUUGAUAACGAGAUGAUUAUAAUCCUGGCACAAAUGGACCGACCAUCAGAAAUCUUCUCCUACUUGUACUUGGGUUCAGAAUGGAAUGCUUCAAAUCUGGAUGAACUUCAGAGGAAUAGGGUUACUCAAAUACUUAACGUCACCCGAGAAAUUGACAACUUCUUUCCUGAGACUUUUAAAUAUCUGAAUAUUCGAGUUUUAGAUGAAGAGAGCACCAACCUUCUACCAUACUGGAAAGAGACCCACAGGUUUAUUUCCACUGCCAAACGCCAGAAUACCUGCGUCCUUGUACACUGCAAGAUGGGGGUGUCCCGCUCGGCCUCCACAGUGAUUGCUUAUGCCAUGAAGGAGUACGAAUGGACGCUGGAACAAGCUAUGAAACACGUCAAAGAGAGAAGGAGCAUUGUCCAACCGAAUGCUGGAUUCCUGCGACAGCUGCAGACAUAUCAGGGCAUCUUGGGAGCAAGUAAGCAGCGACACAGUUAUUUGUGGGACCCCAGCUCUGCAACUGCCAUUUCGAGGUACCCCAGCCCCCCGGAUUCUUUACCUACACUACCCUCCGCCCCUAAACAGAAGAUGAACCUGCGUUUUCUCAUGAGGUCUAUCAGUGAGAUGGACGUUACUGACUCCAACCCUGAGUUGAAAGGCAAGCCAAUAGAAAGGGAGAGGUCUGCCUCCGACAUGGACAGUAGCCAACUGGAAAGCUUUGACGCUGUGCCUGAAGAGGAUAGCAUAUCAAACCAACUGGAUAGUCUGCCAUCACUGGACAACAGCUUGCUGGAGAGAAACGAUAGUUCAAUGGAUCAAGACGAGAGCCCAAGUAAGAUUGACCUGGAUGAGCAAGAUGGAGAAUUGGUGGAAUCCUCCACUAAGAACAACUCAAAAUGUGCUGCAAUGCACGAGGAGAGUACGUCAUUGGAUGAGGUAUUUGUUUCUCCAUGUUCGUCCCCCUCCUCUCAAUCCUCAGCAGCCCGUAGAAGAGCAAGACGCAAAAAGAAAGUUCAGACUCAGAAUCCAGUAGAGAACCUUCGAGUGGGCCUUUCGUCAAAGUCCGAGUCCGUGGCAGUGCUUGAAGAAGCAGGACUUGUAUCCAAGCGCCUGCAGGAAGUAGAAGAAGAAGGCCGCAAAUCUCGCAUCAUACGACAGAGCAAUGUCGGAGAGAUGCCAGAGGAAUCAUAGACAUUCAAGGCUUCCACAUGGGGUUUGGCCAAAGGGAAUGCAGGCAGUAUUUGACCUGGGGGAGCAUAUUUUUAUAUUUUUGUAAAAAAAAAAAGAAAAAUAUUUUUCCAUUGCCAUUACCACAUAAAGUAGACAGCGGAAGCUUUGAAAGAAAAGACUCAGGGAUGGUAUUUACUGGUUUUAUUUUAUUUCUGGUUGUUUUUAAAAUACAUGUUUGUAAUAAGAUUCAUUUUAAUAAAUAAAAUGGGGUCAGUUGAGUCUUUUAAAGACCAAACCUCUUCAACAGCA